AUGGCCUCUGCUCGCUCCCUGAUGCGGCUGGGCUCCGGCCGGUCCCUGCCCUCGGCCACCCGCGCAUUCUCUUCGACCGCUCUGCAGCAGGCUAAGAAGGCGUCGACGGCGCCCAUCACGGACGAUGUCCCCAACAUGCGCCACGCCCAGCGUCCCCCCCCCGGACCCCUGCGCGCCCCCGUCAUCAACCCCGUCGACAAGUACCAGGACAAGGCGGACAGUCUGCACAAGUACGGCCAGUACAUCAUGUCGUGCCUGCCCAAGCACGUGCAGCAAUUCUCAGUGUGGAAGGACGAGCUCUGCGUCUACGUGCCCCCCUCGGGGCUGAUCCCCACGAUGACGUUCCUGAAAUACCACACGGCGGCCGAAUACACCCAGAUCUCGGACAUCACGGGUGUGGACUUCCCGACGCGCGACCAGCGCUUCGAGGUCGUGUACAACCUGCUCAGCGUGCGGUACAACUCGCGCAUCCGCGUCAAGACCUACGCCGACGAGGCCAGCCCCGUGCCCAGUGUCACCGGUCUGUUCGAGGGCGCGCUGUGGUACGAGCGUGAGGUGUACGAUAUGUUCGGCGUGUUCUUCACCGGUCACCCCGAUCUGCGCCGUAUCAUGACGGACUACGGUUUCGAUGGCCACCCGCUCCGCAAGGACUUCCCUCUCACCGGAUACACGGAGCUGCGGUACGACGAGGAGAAGAAGCGCAUUGUCAUUGAGCCGCUGGAGCUGACGCAGGCGUUCCGGAACUUCGAGGGCGGUAGCGCCUCCUGGGAGCCGGUCGGUGCGGGUCUGGACAAGACUCCUGAGUCGGUAAGUGAAGUAAUUGGGUUUUCCUUUCGUGCUAGUUCUGUAUGUACAUACGUCUAUAUCUGGAUUCUGACGUUGAUUCAACCUUUGUUUCCCGUGGAUCAGAUCCUCCUAUUCCCCAUCAGACAAACAAACGAGCCAACCGAACCAAAAGAAAAAUCAAAUCAAAACGAAGGGGGAAAUACGAAAAGAAAAGAAAUCAAAAUGCCCAAACGCAAACUCUCCGACGCGCAAGAAAACCGCGCGGACCUGGACAACGGCGUAACAUGGAUGCAGCUGACGCGGCUGACGCAGAAGUUCCAGUACGGGGUGGACGCGCUCUCGAAGGCGCUGAAGCUGGCGCGCGGGUUCGAGAGGCAGAAGAUGAGCCGGCGCGAGAAGACGGCCAAGUCGGAUGAGGCGAAGGGGAAGACCCUGGGUCGGUUGGGGGAGGAGGUUGCGGUUUUGAAGACCCUCGACCCCACCCAAACGGCCGAAAAAUACCUGUUCAAGCAGCUCCUCAAGACGAAGCGGAUCGCGGAGUCGCCGGUAUUCAUCAAGUUUAAGGAGCGGUCGAAGAUCUCGACGGAGGGGCCGAAGAGUGCGGCUGAGGCGAAUGUCACGGCUAGACUGUACAAGUCGACGCCGGUGAAGAACGUGUUUCCGGGGAUUAUGGAGGGGUUGAGGUCGCUGUUGGGGGUGGAGGUGAAAGCUGCGUCGGGGGCAACAGCAACAGGGAAUAAGACGGUGAAGGGCAAGGAGGAUGGGCCGUCGUCGAGACGGACGACGAAGACGGCGUCAGCUGGGUCUGGCGAUGAGGCGGGGGUGGAGGAGGUCGACGGGGAUGUGGAUAUGGAUGAUAUGGAUGAUGAGGACAUCGACCUUGCGCAAUUCGACGCCCGACUGGCAUCCGACUCCGAGGGCUCAGAGGCCGGCGACGGCGGCCGUGACAUCGACAUCGGCUCCGACAGCGACGCGGAAGAAGACUCCAAUCCCCGACAGCGCGCGCGCGAUCUCUCCAUCUCCCUCUCCCCCUCCCCCUCCCCCUCCCCCGGCCCCACAUCUCCACCAGCCAAAAAGCCCAAAGCGGCCAAGAAAGCCUCCUCAACCCCCUUAACAGGAACAACGUUCCUCCCCUCCCUCACAAUGGGCGGAUACUGGUCCGGCUCCGAGUCCGAGGCCGAAGACAUCGACGCGGCGGAGCCCCCGAAGCGCAAGAACCGGAUGGGCCAGCAGGCGCGUCGCGCGCUCUGGGAGAAGAAGUACGGGGCGGGGGCGAACCACGUCAAGAACGAGCAGAUGAAUGCGAAGAGGGGGCGUGAUAAUGGGUGGGAUGCGCGGAGGGGCGCGAUGGGCGGGGAUCGCCAUCAGCGCGGAUGGGGAGGCAGACCUCGACCUCAGCAUCGCGAUGAUGUUCCGAAGCGCGGGGCGCCGGGUAAGCCGCAGGAUGAUAAGCCGUUGCAUCCGUCGUGGGAGGCCGCGAAGAAGGCCAAGGAGGCGAAGGCAAAGGCGACGGCUGCCUUUGCGGGUAAGAAGGUCGUGUUUGAUUAG